CGUGCAGAGUCUUGAACUGUUAAAGCUGAGGCAGGCGCUGCACAACUCCAUGGUGUCAGCGGUGGCCGACGCGUCGUCCGCCUUUCAAGGCAGUGACACUGAGACGACACCCGUGGUAGUUAAGAAGGUUGAAGACCUGGCUUUUCCCGGCGUCAGCGCCAGCGCUUUCGGGGACGCGAUCGAGGCGAAGACGCCGUACUCGAGGAACUCUAGCGUGCUGGAGCCGAGCCGUCUCAAGGCCGCGCUGGAGUCGGUGUGGAAGCACAUGGCCCCGCCAGAUCUGUUCCUGUGGACCAGUUGGGACGUUCUCGAACAGACCGCCCAACUCGUGGAGCCAUCCCUGACAGGUUCCCCGGGGUGCGUCAUUUGUAUCCGUCAGAGGGAACAGGAAAGAAAAAUAGACCGACACAACACCUUAAACAUUUCAUAAGCUCAUCCGAUGAAAAGAGAGGAGUAGAAACCACGCUUCGCAAGAGAAACAAUAUGGCAACCAAGACGCGUGUUCUGUUAUUUAUUUAUUUACUUAUUGA